AUGAAAAAUAUUGCUACUAGAAAUAAAAGACCAGGCCCGAAAUUAAAACCUAAGGUUAUUAAAAAGCAAAGAAAGAAUAAAUCUAAUAAAAGCAAAACUUUGGAUAAAAAUGUGCUUUCUAUGGAUCAGUUGGAAUGGAAGAAAGUUGACGUUCCUGACACCUUGGGUGAUUUUGGUGGACUAUAUGGACUAGAAGAAUUAAGCGGUGUUGAUGUUAAAUAUUUAGAUAAUGGUAAAAUAGAAUUUGUAUCCAAGCAAAAUAUAGCUGAUAACAGAACGGAGUUGGAUACGGAAAAUAUACAUGAAGAUCAUGCAGAAACUACUAAAGAUAGCAAUAAUGAAGGAUAUAUCAAAGAUGAUUUAAUCGAGUUUAAGAACUUGGACGACAUGGGUGAUUUAAGUGAUGCAUCAAAAGAUGAUCAAGAUUGGGAUGUUGGUAACACAAGUGGCCAUAGUGAAGAAAAAGAACAAGAAGAAACUGAUGAUGAUGAUGAUGAUGAUGAUGAUGAACUAAGAGAAAACGUUUUUGCUUCAGUCGUUGAUAAUGCACAAGAUUUGGAAAAUGUCGAAAUGAUUACUUUGCCUGAAUGGAAUGAAGAUAGUUUAAAAGGUUGUAAAUUAUCUUAUAAUACCUUAUGUUCUUUAAAAAAACUGAAUUUUAUCAGGCCAACUGAAAUCCAAAGACUUUGUAUUCCUAUAGCAAUUAAUAAAAAUGCCGAUAUUUUGGGGAAAGCCAGUACCGGUUCAGGUAAAACUUUGGCCUAUGGUAUUCCAAUAAUUGAAAAACUAUUUUCUUCAUUGAAAAAAGAAAAAAUGUCUGAUAAACCAACUGCCUUAAUUUUCACCCCCACCAGAGAAUUGGCAUAUCAAGUUACAGACCAUCUAAAAAAAAUACUAUGCACUAGAGCCACUGAUAAUGAUAAUUUUAAACAUACCAUAUUACCUCUAACUGGUGGUUUGUCUAUCCAAAAACAGGAAAGAAUUUUAAGUACAUACAAGGGUACCGCCUGUAAAAUUAUAGUAGCCACUCCGGGUAGAUUUCUAGAACUUUUAGAAAAAAACCAAUAUUUAAUUGACAAAUUUGUUUGUAUCAAAACUUUGGUAUUAGAUGAAGCAGAUAGAUUGGUGCAAGAUGGACAUUUCGACGAAUUUUUGAAAAUUUUGGAGAUUUUAACUAAGAAUUUGAAAAAUAAAUAUGCGAAAGAUUGGAACAAUCACUAUUGGCAAACCAUGGUUUUCUCUGCUACUUUUUCUUUGGAUCUAUUCAACAAAUUAAACACAACCUCAUGGAAACACCUAAAUUCCAAAGGUACAGAACUGGAUGAAGUUGUCAAAUUUUUAAUGGACAAGAUCCAUUUCAAAUCCAAGCCAUUGGUGAUUGACACUAAUCCAGAACAAAGAAUUGCAUCCACCAUUAAAGAAUCGUUGAUUGAAUGUUUGCCGAUGGAGCGUGAUUUAUACUGCUAUUAUUUUAUAACAAUGUAUCCGGGUACUACCUUGAUUUUUUGUAAUGCAAUUGACUCAGUUAAAAAGUUGCACAAAUAUUUAAAUUUUUUGGGCAUAAACGCGUUCCAAAUACACUCUUCAAUGUCCCAAAAAAGUAGAUUAACCAAUAUAGAGAAUUUCAAAAAAGCUUGCGAGAAAAACACGCAAUUGGAUGAUAAUAUUAAAAAAUCAACUGUGUUGAUUGCAAGUGAUGUUGCUGCUAGAGGCUUAGAUAUCCCUGAAAUCCAGCAUGUUAUUCAUUAUCAUUUACCUCGCACCGCCGACGUUUAUAUCCACAGAAGUGGCAGAACCGCGCGUGGUUCUAAUGGCGAAGGUGUUUCUGUCAUGAUAUGUUCUCCACAAGAGGCCAUGGGGCCAUUAAGGAAGUUAAGGAAAAUGUUAUCCAUUAAAUCUGAUAAUGCAACAUCAAAGAAUAGCAAUAUGUUAAAGAAAAAGAAAUGGCAAAAAGAUGUCCCAUUGUUACCUAUUGAACCAGAUAUUUUGAAGCAAUUAAGAAUGCGUAGCGAAAUAGCUAGUGAAUUAGCAGAUCAUGAAAUCGCAUCAUCUUCUUUGAGGAAAGAUGAUGUUUGGAUGAAACAAGCUGCUGAAGAUUUAGGGGUUGAUUUUGAUGAGGAUGAUGAUGAUGAUAAUCAACUAAAAGAUACAUUCCUGCUUAAGAAUAAAAAGAAAAAAAUCAAUAAGACGUUGGAUAAACAAAAAGUUCAGGGCCUGAAGUAUGAGUUGAAACAAUUGCUGAAUAAGCAAAUUAGAAAAGAUUUGCGGAGAAGCUAUUUAACGGGUGGAAUAGUUAAUUUGGCUGAUAAUUUAGUUAAAAAUAGAGGUCAUAAUAAUAUUAUUGGCCAUGAAAAAGUCAAUGCUUUAGAGAUUUUGAAAAAGAAGAAGAAGAAGAAUAUAAAUGAUGCAUGA